GGCCCUGGUGGUGGCAACCGCCUGUGUGCCACUGAAAAUCGUGCCGAUGCCUGGCAUACUGCAUAAAUGGAAGCAGGGUACCGCGUUCAAUGUAUCUAUGCCUGCCUACUUCAAUCUGCAAGGGAGUUUCAGAAAGGCCCCGCAUUCGCCGAGCCGAGAUACUACUCGACAACGAAUCAAAUUCAGCGAUGACAGAGUAUGCAAGAGCCACCUACUCAACUGUUGUCCCCAUGAUGUCCUUUCUGGAACUAGAAUGGAUCUUGGAGAAUGCCUGAAAGUCCAUGACCUGGCUUUAAGAGCAGAUUAUGAAAUUGCAUCGAAAGAACAGGACUUUUUCUUUGAACUUGAUGCCAUGGAUCAUCUCCAGUCAUUCAUUGCAGAUUGUGAUCGAAGAACAGAAGUGUCUAAGAAAAGAUUAGCAGAGACUCAAGAAGAGAUAAGUGCUGAAGUGGCAGCAAAGGCAGAGCGUGUUCAUGAGUUAAAUGAAGAAAUAGGGAAAUUGUUGGCCAAAGUGGAACAACUCGGAGCUGAAGGAAAUGUGGAGGAGUCUCAGAAAGUCAUGGAUGAAGUCGAGAAAGCACGAGCAAAGAAAAGAGAGGCAGAGGAAGUUUAUCGAAAUUCUAUGCCAGCUUCCAGUUUCCAGCAGCAGAAACUUCGAGUCUGUGAAGUCUGUUCUGCAUAUUUAGGUCUUCAUGAUAAUGACAGGCGACUUGCUGAUCAUUUUGGGGGUAAACUGCACCUGGGAUUUAUUGAAAUAAGAGAAAAGCUCGAAGAAUUAAAGAGAGUUGUAGCUGAGAAGCAGGAGAAAAGAAACCAGGAACGUCUGAAACGAAGAGAAGAGAGGGAGAGAGAAGAACGGGAGAAACUGAGGAGGUCCCGUUCACAUAGCAAGAAUCCCAAAAGAUCUAGAUCUAGAGAGCAUCGCAGACACCGAUCUCGCUCCAUGUCUCGAGAACGCAAGAGGAGGACUCGAUCCAAGUCUCGGGAAAAACGACAUCGCCACAGGUCCCGUUCUAGUAGCCGCAGCCGCAGCCGCAGCCACCAGAGAAGUCGGCACAGUUCUAGAGAUAGAAGCAGAGAGCGAUCCAAGAGGAGAUCCUCAAAAGAAAGAUUCAGAGACCAAGACUUAGCAUCACGUGACAGAGACAGGAGUUCAAGAGACAGAUCACCUCGUGACCGAGACCGAAAAGAUAAGAAGCGGUCCUAUGAGAGUGCUAAUGGCAGAUCAGAAGACAGGAGGAGCUCUGAAGAGCGUGAAGCAGGGGAGAUCUAACUAUAGCUGUGUGGUCUUCCAUCCUUAAGCUUCCUCUGGAGUUAACAUGCUAUUGUUUAGUUUACAGCCAUUCAGGGGGACAGGCUAGAUAUAUAGUAUCUGACGAUCGGAACUGAACCAGUUUUCCUUGAUAAAGCCUAAAACUACAUCCAUAGUUUCUGGUGAACCUGUAAUACAGUUCUGAACGUACAGUUUUAUAUAAUAAGAUGCUGACCUCUAUUCUUGCAAGUAGGAGUGAUAGUGAAUGAAUUGUGUUAAUGCCUUGCAAUCUUUGAACAUUUGUAAAAUACUGUCUUCCUUUCUAUCCCAAACAGCAGCAGCUUUGGGGAUUUUUCUUUAAAAUUCUUCUUUUGUAUCUCCUAAUACCCGUGCCUCCAACUGUCAGAGAAAAGGGGCAGGGAAGCAAUAUAACUUCUGUUGUAAGCUUCUGUUCACAUCAAUUACCAGUUGAUCACAGUUGAGCAUUUCUACUGGAUUGUGUGCUGGAGAAACUUAUACAGGGCUGUUUUGUUUGGGGCCUAUUAGAGUUGGAAAUUGAACAGCUGUUGCAUUAUAUAUUUUUGCUUUUUUAUUGAAAAUUUGAAAUCAGACUUGUCUUGAUUUUUCUGUUCUAUUAAACUGCUAUGUUCAGUAUAUUGAGGGGGGACGGGCAGGGACUAUUUCAUAAUAAGCACUUGUUUUAUUUUGUGUGUGGAGUAUAAAGGCUAUACUUACUGUAAAGAUAAUAAAAUGAAAAGAAACAAUCACCACCACCAUCAUCACACUGUAACUUGUUCAGUAAGUUGUUACUAGAACUAUUUUGCUGUGGUAUUUUCCUCUAUUCUGUAACAUCCUUAACAGUGCCUUACUGUACAAGGCACCAAAGGAAGUAAAUAUAUAAUUGUGGAUUUCAGAUGAAUUGUUGCUCUACCCAAAUCUCUUGCUGACUAUACUCCACUAUUUCAGAGCUGUGUUUAACAGCUUUGUAAGGAAAAAUUGGACCUGUAGAAGCAACUAAGAGUCUCUUGUUUGUAUUUCUUAAUUGACAAGCCUGAAUAAAAUCAAUAUGUAACCAAUAUAAUGAAA